AUGAAUGAGUUAACGAACAAGCAACAGCACCAACAGCAACAGCAACGUUUAAAUCAGAAUGGAAAUCAAUCAUCAGUUACAUCAUCACCAUCAUCAAACAAUAAUAAUGCACCAGGUACACCACAAUCAAUCAAUAGACCAAAGUUAAAGUAUAAGAAUUGGUGCGUUCAGAUGGAGAAGAAGGCAAAUGGAGUGAUUACAAUGCUGCCUCAACUGGAUGCCAUUGGAUCUUGCGAUGAGAAGAAGCGCGACAAGUCGAUCAAUGCACUGAACAAGGUCAAUGCCAUGCUGGUCGAGGUCGUGGCGCUGCUCGACAUCACCGUCUACAAGCCCAGCAGCAAGAACAAUCUCGAUCCGGUCAGCCCGUCUGGCGACGACCUGUCCUCGCCCGGCUCUGCACACUCAUACUCGCCCUCGUCUCCACGCAGCUCGCCGUCGACCGCCUCGGACGGCACGCCGCUCACCCUCUCACCUGGCAACACAUCCCCUCCCAUCGGCAAGACGCCGGAUAACAGCACCAAUGGACUGAUCAGCACGUUCAACAUGAUCAGGGAGCGCGACAAGGAGAAUGGCGGCGGCGGCGGAUCGAGCCAAAAGUCGACCAAGGUCGUGGCGGUCACUUGUCGCGACACAAUGCUCGCGCUGUGGGCCGCUCUGCAGGCAUUCAUCGAGAAGAACUACACGCUGGAGAAGGACUUCACACCAAUGUACAAGACAAUGUUGAUGAUUGCCCGUCGUCGAGAAUAUGACUCGGCCACAUCAACCUACGACCCACAAACAUACAAGCCAUGGAACAAUGACAUACUCUCCAAGUAUCGUGUCAAACUCUACAAGACCUUCUCCUUCAUUGCCAACCUAGUCUCCACUACGCCCUACCUCAGUAUGAUCCUAUCACAGUUCUGUGCAAAGUUCAUUGUGAUAGCAUUCUACAGGAUACCAAGAGUUGCCAAGCAGUUGAUCGAUGCAUUGGUACCUCCGGAGACAGAGAUAACAGAUAUAAUCACAUAUUAUCCAUGUCCUCCACAUUUGCAACAUCUAAACAUUGUUGGUGAUCGACCUGAUAAGCUACCAUUCCAUGCACUUCUAAUGCAAAGUGAUCCAGCCAGCGAGAAGGAGUUGGAUGGUAUCCCACAAGGAUGGGUGGACAAUGUUGCUCGCAAGGAGACUAUAUUCUUCAUAUUCUUCAAGGAGUGGAUAACAGUGUGCAAGAGUGUAAUGGGAGAGAAUGUGGACAUGAAGACGAUACCAGGAUUCUUUACACUGGCCUACGCUUUGAUGCACGAGAUAAAGACACGCGAUCAACCUAUACCACCAGUGCGACCAACACCAUCGAUCGAAGCACACUACGCACUGAUUGGCGCCACGAGGAACGACUCGCAGAUCCUGGACGGCCUGAUAAAGAUCAUCUUCUUAAAGACGUGCGUCUUUGAUCUGGCGGGCAUCUCGUCGACGCUGGGCAUCGUCGAGCUGUGGUUCAAGGAGUUUGGCCGCCUGCCCGACACAUUUGACAUCCACUUCUUUUGCGAAGGCAUUGACAACAUCAUUGCGGCCGAUCAUCAUCAGGUGGUCAUCCGCGCACUCAACCUCAUCUACAACACCUCUGAUUCAUUUCAAGGUCCAAACAGAAUGGCGCUCUACUGCGACCUUCUCCUACACAAAUACUUCUACACACUGUUCCUGCACUGGGAUCAACCCGUCCGCAAUGCCUACCAUCAUCUACUCCUGUAUAGAAUGGUCAGAAUCAAUAGAUACUUGUUAAGUCAAAGUGGAUUCUCCCUGUCAGAGUAUAGCAAGUUGACGCAUAGCAACUCGAUCACAACGACCAAGAGUCUGUCGCCUGCAAAAUAUCCAACGGAGAAGGAUAGUGGCAAUGCUAGUACAGGUUCAGGAAACGCCAAUGGCAACACGUAUAGCAGUUCAUCCAGAUUGACAUCAUCGACAUCAUCCAUCUCUGUAUCCAAACCAAGACAAAUACCUACUACGCCACUACCACCCAUCCCCGCCAAGAAGAAGCCACCUCCCGUCCCACCAAGAAUGGCGGCCAGCAGUCCACCAACCACCUCCAUACCCGAUGAUCAAUCCGAAUGUCUUGAUGACUCUACAAUCGAUGAGCUACUCGAAGAGACCUCAACAACAUCCUCCCCAUCCUCCCCAUCCUCUCCAUCUACUUCCACUUCCACUUCCACCUCCACUACCACUUCAUCACCACCAACAUCCACUUCCACAAACAUCACAGUUACCAACACCAACAACAACAAUACUAUGGUGUCAUUGGAGGAAGAGAAGGAGUUCAAUAUCACACCAAUUGGAGAGUAUACCAGUGACAAGGAGUUGUUGAACGACCUGAAAAAGAUCGAUCUUUGUUUAAGAAGAUUUGAAUUGUACAUCAAGAAUGUGUCUGAUCAGUUCAGGGCACCAGAGCUCAAGUUCCAUGAUCCACGUCUUACAAACUAUGUGGCACCAUCACUUAGCGAGUUCAAGACAUACAUUGCCAUCAACAAUCAGGCCAGUGUGGCACCACCCAAAAUCAUACCAUUGAUGCAACGUGGACCAACUCCCAUCAACUUCCUAAAGGAUUGA